AUGGCUGUCAACAAGCUAAGAGAAGAGCAGGCUUAUACAAGCUGCCUUCAAAUCCAACUUCAAGAAGUUAAUGGGGACGCAGAUGUUGACCCUAUUUGGGCGCAAAUCAAAUUUAGUAUACUCAAGACAGCCGAGGAAGUAUGUGGUUUACAGCAAAUAAGACCUACUACUAAGAAAACUAGAAUGAAGAAGAUAUACAAGAGCAAUACCAUCAUGAUCGCCUACGUUACUAUUGCACUACUUCAUUUCUGAUAGUCGCCGGGCUGUUAACCAUCUUACUUCGUUAGUUAUAACCUAGCCGGAUGUUUGUUUCGGACUAAGUACUGUUAAUAAUUUUAAUGACACAUUAAUUAAUAUUCUGUUGAAAAUUCAUUAAGUUACUUAAUUUAGUAAACGAAAUUCUGUUGGUUAUUCAAUUUAGGUUAUUCUUAUCCCUCUAGCUGUGUCUUACCCUUCAUAAAGUAAGCUCAUCUUUACCAUUAAAUUCCGAAACAGUGUUAAUUCAGUGGUAGCGUUUAUGUUUAUCAACUGUUCCUAAUAUCAGUAAUGUUUACUAAAAUGACCUAGAGUAACUUUUUUAAAAAUCAUUGUUAGUGACUUGAUUGAUAUAUGCAUCAUAGUUUGAAGGAAGAUUAAGAAUAUUUCUGACUUUUUCAUAUUGCUGAAAGAAGGAGUACUGUGAUUAUUAUAUUUAAAACAAUUUAAUUUCCAUGGAACAUGUACAAAAUUCAAUAGUGAGGAGGAAUCAACUUAAUUUUGCUAGUUUAUUUUACCCAUCAUCUGCAGCAUCUUUAGACAUAAAAUUUUAUUGUAUAGUUUUUAUAGUGUAAUGAAAAUCCAUCAUUUAGCUAAAAAUCUCUUUUAUUAUGUCAAUAUUUUUCAUUUUUCUCUAGUUUGAUCAUCUUUUAGUUUGAUUUCUUUGCUUUAUCAAUUCAAAUUUGUUUUAGGAAACAGAAAUUUUUGUAUAUUAAAUUUAUUUUAGAAAAUGUUAUGCACACAUGAACACAUACAUUUAUACAUUAAUCAUCUUAAAUUAGAAGUAGCAUUUUUUCAUUGAUUUUGAUUUUUAUUACUGUUCAUCUAUUCUAAUAUUAAUAAAAUAUACUUAUUUUUUCAAAUUGAAAGAAA